GCGUCCCCGCGUUCCCGAGCCCCGCCGCCGCGAUGCGCGCCGUCCUGCCGCUGCUCUGCGCCGCGGCCUGGCUCCUGGGCGCGCCCGCGCUGUCGCUGAGCCGCUCAGAGAAGUUUCACUUCAAGUCAUGGAUGGUACAGCACAAGAAGACCUACAGCUCCCGGGAGUACCCCCACAGGAUGCAGACCUUCGCCAGCAACUGGAGGAAGAUAAACGCCCACAACCGCAGGAACCACACCUUUGAAAGUACUCGGAAAGGUUUUGGGGCCUUUCUUAUUCCUGAAAUGUAAUGUGUUUGGUUGUUCCAGAAUUGCUCCGCCACCAAAAGCAACUACCUUCGGGGCAGGGGUCCCUACCCACCUUCCAUGGACUGGCGGAAAAAGGGAAAUUUCGUCUCACCAGUGAAAAAUCAGGGCGCCUGUGGCAGCUGCUGGACCUUCUCCACCACGGGGGCCCUGGAGUCGGCGGUCGCCAUAGCGACGGGGAAGAUGCUCUCUUUGGCGGAGCAGCAGCUGGUGGACUGUGCCAAGGAUUUCAACAACCACGGCUGCCAAGGGGGCCUCCCCAGCCAGGCCUUCGAGUACAUCCUGUACAACAAGGGCAUCAUGAGCGAGGACACCUACCCCUACCAGGGCAAGGACGGGACCUGCAGGUUCCAGCCGGGAAAGGCCAUCGCGUUCGUCAAGGACGUGGCCAACAUCACCAUGAACGACGAGCAGGCGAUGGUGGAGGCCGUGGCCCUGUACAACCCCGUGAGCUUCGCCUUCGAGGUGACGGACGACUUCCUGAUGUACAGACGCGGCGUCUACUCCAGCACUUCCUGCCAUAACACUCCGGACAAAGUGAACCACGCGGUGCUGGCGGUGGGGUACGGGGAGGACAAGGGGACGCCCUACUGGAUCGUGAAGAACUCCUGGGGCUCCCAGUGGGGCAUGAACGGGUACUUCCUCAUCGAGCGCGGGAAGAACAUGUGCGGUCUGGCCGCCUGCGCGUCCUACCCCAUCCCGCUGGUGUGAGCCGCGGCGGCCUCGGUUGGCCGGCGGAGAAGGAGCGUCCUGGGCCCGCGGUGGAAACCCUGUCCAGAGAAGCUGUGGGGAGACCCCGGGGCCGUCUGUCCCCACCCUCACCCUACGCUGAGCCAGGAACCUGGGAAAGAGGGAGAAGAGUGCAAGCUCACCCUCAUCUUCUGACGGAAGACGCCACCAGCCUGUGCCUUACGCGCGGUUUUUAACCGCUCAAACCACGUGGACUGAGGCCCUCUUCCCAGAGGGCUCCGCCUGCCGAGGAGCCCAGCGACCGUCCCGUCCCCUCUGUGUUCUUUGCUCAGUAAACGCGCAGUGAGCACCUCCCA